AUGGAGAAGGGUGGUAACAUACAACUGGAGAUCCCUGACUUCAGCAACUCUGUCCUGAGCCAUCUGAACCAGCUGCGCAUGCAGGGCCGCCUCUGCGAUAUCGUGGUCAACGUGCAAGGACAAGCCUUUCGGGCUCACAAAGUGGUGCUGGCCGCCAGCUCUCCCUAUUUCCGGGACCACAUGUCCUUGAACGAGAUGAGUACUGUCUCCAUUUCGGUCAUCAAGAACCCCACAGUGUUUGAACAGCUCCUUUCUUUCUGUUAUACGGGGCGGAUAUGCCUGCAGCUGGCAGAUAUCAUCAGCUACCUGACAGCUGCCAGUUUUCUGCAGAUGCAGCAUAUUAUAGACAAGUGCACCCAGAUCCUAGAAGGCAUUCACUUCAAAAUUAACGUGGCUGAGGUUGAAGCAGAAUUAAGCCAAACGAGGACAAAGCAUCCAGAGAGACCUGCGGAGUCUCACAGGGUUACACCAACUCUAAACCGCUCCCUUAGCCCGCGCCAGAAUGCCCCGAAGGGAAGCCGGCGAGGUCAGGUUAGUGCUGUGCUGGACAUCAGAGAGCUCAGUCCUCCCGAGGAGUCCACCAGCCCUCAGAUCAUUGAACAGAGUUCCGACGUAGAGAGCCGGGAGCCUAUUCUUCGGAUCAACCGAGCAGGACAGUGGUACGUGGAGACGGGAGUAGCAGACCGAGGGGCCCGGGGCGAUGAUGACGUGAGGGUUCUUGGAGCAGUGCACAUCAAGACGGAAAAUCUAGAGGAGUGGCUGGGGCCUGAGAAUCAGCCUUCCGGAGAAGACGGGAGCAGUGCCGAGGAAGUCACAGCCAUGGUGAUUGACACCACGGGCCAUGGUUCCGUAGCCCAGGAAAAUUACACUUUAGGGUCUUCAGGAGUCAAGGUGACUCGGCCAACAAGCAGUGAGAUUGACAGAUUUAGCCCCUCCGGCAGUGUUGUCCCCUUGACAGAGAGACACAGAGCCCGAAGUGAGUCUCCUGGGAGAAUGGAUGAGCCUAAGCAGCCCAGCUCCCAGGUAGAAGAAUCAGCCAUGAUGGGAGUAAGUGGCUAUGUGGAGUAUCUUCGAGAGCAAGAAGUAUCUGAGCGGUGGUUCCGGUACAACCCCCGUCUCACCUGCAUCUACUGUGCCAAAUCAUUCAACCAGAAGGGGAGCCUGGACCGGCACAUGCGCCUGCACAUGGGGAUCACACCGUUCGUCUGUCGCAUGUGUGGCAAGAAGUACACCCGCAAAGAUCAGCUGGAGUAUCACAUCCGCAAGCACACAGGCAACAAGCCCUUUCACUGCCAUGUUUGUGGGAAAAGCUUCCCCUUCCAGGCCAUCUUGAAUCAGCACUUUCGCAAAAACCACCCUGGCUGCAUCCCCCUGGAGGGGCCGCAUAGCAUCUCCCCUGAAACAACUGUCACAUCUCGAGGACAAGUCGAGGAAGAGUCACCUUCACAAGAAGAGACAGUUGUUCCUGGGGAAAUUGCCCAGGGCUCUGUGUCCACCACUGGGCCAGAUUGA